AUGGCUAGAGGGAAGAAGAUAGUGGCUCGACCUCGACCAACAGCUUCUGGUCUUGAGGAUUCUUCCACAGGAACAUCACCAUCUUAUCCUCGAGCUGGUGAAGCACAACAACAAUUAUUUCAGCAGAUUGAAGCUCAAGCUCAAGCUGAAGAAGGUGCAAGUCAACCUGAAGCUACUGCAGCUGAAGAAGGUGCAAGUCAACCUGAAGCUCCUCCAUCUGUAAGUGAGUGUCCUUCUACUGCAUCUGGUAUCAAACGUAGUUUUGUUUGGGAGCAUUUUAUUGAAUAUGAUAAGAUUGAGGUUCAGAAAGAUGCUGAGGGAAAUGAUAUUGAGAUUGUUCAUAAACGAGCUUAUUGCAAAUAUUGCCCUAGGGGAAAGGUAGGAGAUUUUGCUGUGGAUAGUUCUAAGAAUGGUACUUCUGGUAUGAUUAGGCAUAUCAACCAAAAUUGUAGAUAUUAUCCACCUAAUGUGGAUAAAUCUCAGAAAAAUCUUGCUGGUGAUAAAUCAAAGGGAAAUAGAUUGACCACAGUAGCUUAUAACCAGGAUGAUUAUCUAGAAGCUUGUGUAGAGAUGAUUGUGAUUGAUGAACUGCCUUUUAGUUUUGUGGAAAAGAAAGGGUUUAACAGAUUUUGCGACAAAGUCUGUCCUCUAUUUGAUGUUCCCUCUAGAAGGAAACUAUGCAGAACCUUUCUAGGUAAGUAUGACAGUUCAAAGAAGGAAUUGAAGAAGAUUUUGAAGCAGUAUAGGUUGAGCCUCACCACUGACACUUGGACAAGUGUUCAAAAUGUCAAUUAUAUGGUGCUUACUGCCCAUUUCAUUGACAUUGAUUGGAAAAUGCAUAAGAGGGUCAUUAGUUUCUGUGUGAUUCAAAAUCACCAAGGGCCUACUAUAGGAAAGCUUAUAGAAUCAUGCCUUGAGCAGUGGGGGAUUGAGAAGGUGAUGUGCAUUACAGUUGACAAUGCAUCUGCAAACAAGUCUGCUUUAGAGUGGCUUGUUUCUAAGAUGAACAGGUCUUCAUGUUACCAGCAAAUAUUGAAUGGUAGAUAUAUGCAUAUGAGAUGCGCUGCUCACAUCACUAAUUUGAUAGUGGGGCAUGGGUUAAAGAGGUUGCAGAAGUCUGUGUUCGCAAUUAGGAAUGCUGUGAAGUUUGUGAGAUCUUCUCCAAACAGGUUGGAUACUUUUAAGAAGGCUGUGGAGAGACAGAAAAUUCCAUGUAGGGGACUGGUGUGUUUGGAUGUCCCAACUAGGUGGAACAGCACCUACCUCAUGCUAGAAGCUGGUUUGAAAUUCAAGAAGGCUUUUACUUUGAUGUUGGCGGAUGAGGAUAGCAGCUUUGCAGCUUACUUUAAAGAACCAGAGGAAGAAUAUGAUGAUGAUGGGAAUGUAGUACCAAGCAGGAAUAAGAGGAAUAGAGUUGGACUACCAGAAGAUGAAGAUUGGGAUAAGGCAGAAGUGUUUGUGGAUUUCUUGAGGGUGUUCUAUGAUGUCACAUUGAGGGUUAGUGCUUCAUUGCACCCUACUGUGCACACAACUUUCCAUGAUGUGAUUACCAUGGAAAAAAAUAUAGAAAGCAUGUUUGUUCUACCUGGGUUUGCAACUGGAACAGAAACUGAGCAAGUGUUGAUGGACAUGGCAGGAAAUAUGAGAUCCAGAUGGUUAAAGUAUUAUGGAUCAUUUCAUGAAAUUAACCACAUGGUGAUCAUUGGCCUAGUAUUGGAUGCAAGGUUCAAGUUGAAGAAUGUGACUCACAUCUUCACUUCUGAGGGUUUAGGUGAUGAUAAGGUGCAAAGAAGAACAUUGGAGAUUAGAAACCUUCUUAUGGCUCUCUAUGAUCAGGUAUUUAACUUGUUUGUUCUAUAA